UGGGCGGGGUUUAUGAGAUUCUCCGGCUUUGUGAACCUUUGUGAUUGUGUGACUGUUACAUUAUUUCAUCUUCUCGAUGCCGUCCGGAUAUUAUUUACAUAUUUAACUUAUUCACGUCGUUACCGCGUGGUUAUUGUAGAUUGAAUAGAUGUGAACAGUGAUUUUGAGUCACUUAAAGGUUCCGCGAGACACAUCAAAACAUCAGAGUAUGAAGAAGAAAACACACUGAAGACAUUCAGCAGCCUGUGAUGUUUGUUGUCUUGUGUUUUCAGGGCUGUUUUAUUCUCAGGAGAUGAUAUUGAUAUUGAAAGCAUUAUGCCUCCAGUAACCUCUCAGGAACUUCCUCUCAACAUCUAUGUGGUCAUUUUUGGCAUGGGGAUUUUUGUCUUUGUAUUAACUGUGAUAUUCUGCUGCUUCUUCAUAAGUAAACUGAGACAUGAAGCUCGGAAUGAGAGAGACGGUUACAGGAUGGUUGUUUUUAAAGACGACACAACAACGUUACAUUCAGACGGGUUAACAUGUGCGGUCUGCUUAGAGGACUUCAGGACAAAAGACGAGCUUGGUGUGUUACCGUGCCAACACACCUUCCACAAAAGGUGUUUGGUGAAGUGGCUGGAAGUGAGAUGCGCCUGUCCCAUGUGCAACAACCCCAUCAGCACGGCUUUGGGUCAAACACACGGCCCAGAAAACCUACUGGAUGAACUGCUUUAAAAACACUGCAUGCGGGACACUCAGAUGCCUUUUCAAUAUGAACGACUUCUCCAUCUGGAAUCUAACAAUCCAAAACAAAGGCUGCCUAUUUAAAACACUGUUGUUGUAAAAAAACACUUGUCAUGUUAAAAAUAAAAAUGUUUACAUGCAGUUCGAAGUGUGUUUUGUUGA